AAGACCUUCUGAAUAUGACUUCGGCAUCUGUAGUGUCGUUAUCAAGCGGUGUAAGAAAAUGAGGCCGUCCGGCAGGAAAAGUUCCCGUCCGUCGCGCUUCCUGCGCUUCCCCAACAACUCGCGUCUUCCUACGAUGUGAAGUUCAACUCGCAGGGCUCUUAGUUAGCCACUAAUUCCCUUCUCUUCCUUGAUCGUUUGAAAACCACAGCAUGGCUGAGGUUGUUAGCAUUCCGGUGGCUCCUGAUGGGUCGACAGAUCCCGAAAAGCCCGCAGGCGACCUCGCUUCGAAUAUGAACCAGAUGAAACUCGAAUACAACUCGGCGCACUCCGCAAAUGGUACUCAGUCUGUACCCGUUCCAUCCAAGACGCUGAACUUGCCCCGUUCUAGUGCUGACGGCAUCAUCAAAACACCUCUUGCCGAGCCUUUGGGAACUUCCAAACCCGUUGCGAGGCCCCCAUUGACCGCGGAGCAAGAAAAGAAGUACGCCACCUUAUUCAAGAGUGUGUUAGGAUGGGACCUGUUACCUGUGGCUUCCACGAGCGGCGCGAAGACGGCUGUUCUUACAGAUUCGGAGCGAAUGUUCUUGACCCGCGAAUGUUUAUUACGUUACUUGAGGGCAACAAACUGGAACAUGGCGCAGUCAGAAACAAGACUGAAGAAUACGCUGAUAUGGCGUCGAGAAUAUGGCGUGGAAAAACAUACCAAGGAGUACAUUUCCAUCGAAAAUGCCACCGGCAAGCAGGUGAUACUGGGAUGGGACAACAACGGUAGAACUUGCCAGUAUUUGAGACCAUCCAAGCAGAAUACCGAACGAAGCGAUCGUCAAAUCCAGCAUUUGGUGUACAUGCUCGAGCGUGCAAUUGAUCUAAUGCCUGCUGGACAGGAGACUCUGGCCUUGCUCAUCAACUUUGCCGAGACGAAAUCAGGGCAAGGUGCGUCGGUUGCUCAGGGAAGACAGACCUUGAACAUUCUUCAAAAUCACUAUCCCGAACGGCUUGGCCGGGCUCUUGUUACGAAUCUCCCCUUCUAUAUCAGGGGAUUCUUCACGCUGAUUACGCCGUUCAUUGAUCCCCUGACACGAGAGAAGAUCAAGUUCAAUGAAGACAUGGGUCUCCAUGUACCGAGGGAGCAAUUAUUGAAAGAAAGUGGAGGUUACGUGGAAUUCGAGUAUGACCACGAAGUCUACUGGCCGGCACUGAAUGAUCUGUGUGAGUUGCAGAGGGCGGAGAGGCAAGCCAGAUGGGAGAAAGGAGGUAGAAGGAUAGGCGAAUACGAGACAUAUCUCAAAGGAGGGGAAGAGAAGAGCCUUGCAGAACGUGAGCGGGAAGAUGUUGCAGCUUAGUUGCCUCAGCAUCUGGUUCGUUGACGUCCUUGGAAAGAGAUGCAGAGUAUGGGUAAUGGAGUUUGCUUAUGGGUUCGAGAAUUGUGUCCGAAUGCUGAGGGAACCUUCAGGGACGGUACGCUGUUUAGACAUAGACUGAGCCAGACGAUGCAUGAUAGACUCUUCAUGAUGUAUGGAAUUUUAAUCAAGAUGU